GUGAAGGAAGUUUUAUUCAUUACUUUUUAAAAUUUUCAAACCAAACGUUUUACACUACCAAAAGGAAAAAAAAAAUUAUACACACUUUUUUUUUGUUCUCUCAAGUCGCAGAAUGACUAAACGUUUCGUCUACUUAUUGUUAUUGUACUUCUUCUUCGUGCUGUCUCCUUCUCCGCCGCUUCCACUCGAAAUCUCACAUCCAAACACGUUUCCAAAACACGAGAACAACCAUUUUUUACUUCGCCGUUUCUCCUCCUCCUCCUUCACCCUCCUCUUAUUAGUUCAUUUAUUUGUUUCGGGAAGAUGCAAUUAAACCGACGUAGUUUUGUGAUUUACUCGAAACGGGGAGUGCACACAAGCUGCUCGACACAAGUCCUGAAUGGAUAUAUCGAGCAAAGAGUUGUUCCAAAAGACGCCACGUGGCUCCCUGCUGGUUUCGUCUCUACUGUCACGUGGAUCUCACGUGAUGAUAAAGAAAGAAAGGUUCAACCUUUUACUGCUAUAUUGUUUUCCCUCGCAAACAAAGUUACCUUCUACCUGAAGCCACAAAAAAAAACCUAAGAAUCGCAAGAAGCCUUGAGAGAGAAUCGUUACUGCUCCACCAUGGAUCUUUCCUUCUUCAAAAUCGCUGAGGAGGAUGCGCGGCUCCACAAGAUCGCACGAGACCACUUUGCUCAAGGAAACCCCAUCAAGGCCUUGGAAGUACUCGAAGAUGUGUAUUCAAGGCGCAGGGAAGUUGACGUUCCAGGAAUGAUUCCUUUCCUUCAAGGUUGCAUCUUGUAUCAUCUAGCGAAGAGAGCAGAGAACAGUGACAUGAAGUUCUUAUUUUUCUUGGGCUGUGUGGAACCUUUUACUCUACAUUUUGGGAUACACGCCUUCGCCGCGGAAUCGUUAUUCGAGAUCGCCAAAGAUCUUGACUCGGCAUUCUAUUACAAGAAAGCCGCGAAACACGCAAGAGAAGGUUUAUGUCUUGUGGAAUCUUAUGAUGAAUUGGACUCGCUCGCGCUACAAACGAAAGGUACGCUUGCCAAUAUACUCAAUGAUGCAAAGUCAAAGAUCCGCCAUGGCUGUACUGGAAAAAGCUCUGAGACAGCACUUGUGGAGUCGAAAGAAGCUCGAGACACGAUUAGGAGUUGUGACUCUGAUAACGCUGAAGGUAAAAGAUUGAGGUCGCAUUGGGCGAGUAUGAGUGUUGAGGCUAAAAAGAACUUUAUGAAAGUAAGCAUUUCGAGGCUUAAAGGUUACGUUGAGAGGUUACAUGGCGAAGAGGGGAAAGACGCUUUGGAGGAAGUUCUGGAUUCUACAAGGACAAACAAGAAAUGGAGAUUCUGGAUGUGUCGAACUUGCGCACAGAAAUUUUUUUAUGUGAAGAAGUUCAGGAAUCAUAUUGAACAAGAACAUAGUGCAAAAUUUAAACCUGCUACGAGAAAUCUUACGCCUGAGAUGGUAAAUGAAGCGUGGGCUGGUAUGAUAUUCGAUGGAGGUUGGGAACCAGUGGAUGCAGUAGCUGCCGCUGAAAUGAUCAAGACUAGGCUCGAGUUUGUGAAGGAGUUUGAAUAUGAGGAAGGAUGGUCUAAGGACUGGCCUUUAGCUGAAGAUGAAGAGCGAAGUAAUUUACUCAAGCAAAUCCAAUAUCUUCUUGUGUCACUCUGGGAGCGUAAGGUUCUUCCUUUUAGCACUCUAGAAUGGAUGCUGCAGUUUCCGAUUCUUUCACAAUUUGAAGUUUCCGUGUCUCUUACAACCGAGUGUGGCCUAUUGGGAAUGCCUCAGCGUAUCUGCUUUUGGAACUGUCAUGAACUCGAACGAAUUCUAGAUCUUCUCAGACUCUUCAAGUUUGAAAGGGAUGAUGGUACAAAUCUGGUUUGCAGAGCAGUGGAGAGGUUAUGUGGUCGUACUGGAGUUAAAGAAAAGAUAGAGUUUGACGAUCAGUUUUCUUUUAUGCUUCUGGAUAGAAGACUGCUGAGAGGCAACAUUGCUCCAUUCGAUGAUGAAGGGACAAUAGAUCCUUGUAAGUAUGAUUACUACGCCAAGACACAACCUCAGGGUGACGAUAUCAUAACCUGGUUACUUGACCAUCCUUUGAUAGAUGGGAGCUUUGAGUUUCCCAGGUCUAUCAGGGCACACAAUCUUGAUAUUAUUGUGGCUAUUCUGAGAGCCAUUCACUACACCUGUAGGGAUUGGGGAACCAAAUAUGCAAGAAAGUUGGACAACUUGUGUUAUUAUAAAUUUCUUACUGACGCCAAAGACUUGUGUACGAGCGAAGAUGAAAGGAGAAGGACUGCUCCGGAAGGUGAAGGGGACGUCUUAUAUGCAUCUCUUCUAGGUGACAUGUGUGAAAAGUUAAAAACAGACAAUGGAGGAAUAGAAUUCGUGUUUGCAGUACGGGAUAUUCUUGAAAAAGCAUCGCUUCCCACAUUUGAUUUCGACGAUCUAGAAGCUUCCCUGAAUCUUAUACAUGGGCUUAAAGAUCUCAGUGAUGAUGAGGUGUUAAAGUCCAUAGACAGUCUGAGAUUUGUGGUCACCAACAAGGUUCUACUAACCGAUUCAAAGAUUUUACUGAUUGAAAAUUCAAGGAUUAGUUUGCUAAACGAGCUCACCAGGCUUUCUGCUUUUGACUACCGGUCUUAUAUUCGUCACCUGCUCAGACGGUUCAUGCGGGACGAGUUAAAUGAAAUUGUAAAAAUGGACGCCUUAGCCAAGGUAGCUGCAGCAGAAGCAGAUCUAUUAUCCAGUGAAAAACAAGAGAAGGAGAAGAAAUCAGGGUCAAAGAGCAAGAAACGUGGAGUCAUCAAGGACGAGUUAAAUGAAAUUGUAAAAAUGGACGUCUUAGCCAAGGUAGCUGCAGCAGAAGCAGAUCUUUUAUCCAGUGAAAAACAAGAGAAGGAGAAGAAAUCAGGGUCAAAGAACAAGAAACGUGGAGUUAUCAAGAAAACUUCAACUAGCACGUCUACCGAUAUUGAGCAGAAUGUCGAACCUGAAUCUUCUCCACCACUAAAACUUGUGGAAGAAGACUGUAUAGAACCAGAAGAUACCCUGAAUAUUGCAUCCAACACUGACAAUCAAGAGGAAACUGCUAAAGAUAUGCAAAAUAAGCCUGGAGAAGAUUUACUGUCGAAACAUAUGGAGUCACCACUUGUUGCAGCUUCAACCAGAUGCAAUUUAGCUCUUGACAUGACACUGAAGGCCCUUUGUAAAAUCAAGGUUCUUAAAGAGUAUUUGGUGCUCAAUCAGGAUGAAUUUGCUGACAACCAGGAAGGACAAGUUCCUUAUGCAUUACGAGAUUUCUUUACCGCUGUUGCCUCGAAAACGAUAAAAGAGGGAAUGUACAGUUACCUCCUGGGAAACGUACUUUCUUCCCUGGAAGAGGCUCAUUCAAUGUCAAGGGAUGCUGCUGAGCUACUAGUAUCCAUCCUUGAGUUUUGGCCUUGCUGGAGAACUCCAGAUAUAGAAAGCUGUGUAACUCAUAUUUUUACACUGGAAGAAUAUGAAAGAAUGAGUUGUAGCAAAUGCAGAAAGAAUCCGAAUUAUCCAGAGCAGAGUUCUUAUGGUGUUGUUGUGGCUGCAGAUUCAAUCAGAGACCUGAGACGUGCUUUUGGGAAGAUGAAGCUCGAGGACAUCCUUAAGUUGAUCCGCAUGGAAUAUAAAAUGCUAUGUGACGCUAAAACAGAAGGCUGUGGAAAAGCAAACUUUGUUCAUCACAUUAUAAGUAGAUGCACGCCUAUCUUCACAAUCGUGUUGAAAUGGGAGAAGAACGAAACUGAAAAGGAAAUUCACGAGACAACAAAGGCUUUGCACAGGGAGAUAGACAUCAGUAGGCUAUACGAAGGCAUGGAACCAAACACAACGUACCGGCUUGUGUCAAUGGUUGGUUGUACUUAUGGUGAAGAAGAAGAAUACAUCUGCCUAUCUUUCAAAAAGAACCGGUGGGUCAGUUACAGACAUGAAGCUUUAGCCAAAAAGGCUGUUGGUGGCUGGACGAAUGUGGUCAGAUUCUGUGAAAAAAUGAAGGUUCGGCCAGAGAUUCUGUUCUACGAAGCUGUGCCAAAGUUAGAUCAAUAGGGAAUGUGAAGGAAGUUUUAUUCAUACGUUUUGAACUCAUUACCUUUCAAAUUUUCAAACCAAACGUUUUACACCGCCAAAAGGAAAAAGAAAAUUAUACACAACACUUUUUUUUGUGUUCUCUCAAGUCGCAGAAUGACUAAACGUUUCGUCUA